AGGACAGCGUCAUGUGAUGUGGAAAGAUUUCAAAACAGAAACCACGCUGUGGUUUGGUUUAGUGUCGUUUAGCAGGUGAACUAAAUCCUUUGAUUGAGACAGCAGGGCAAAAUGACUCAGUUAUGCAGAAGAAAUCCCCCUCUCUGUUGCAGUUUUCUCUUUUGCCUCCUCCUUGGUUGUGUGUCUGCAGAAGGGAUCAUAGCCACAGUGGGAACAGAUGUUACGUUGAUUUGCAACUACGAUGCAAAGUACUAUGGCAAGCUGUCUGCAUGCUGGGGCAGAGGAGCCAUCCCCAGCAGAGGCUGCGCCAGUGAGGUGAUCAAGUCAGACGGGUCAGCAAUGGCCAGCAGACUGUCAGAGCGGUACCUGUUCAUGGGUAACCUGGAGGAAGGGGACGUGUCGCUUACCAUCAGGCAGGUGGAGGAGAGCGACUCGGGGAUCUAUGGCUGCCGUGUGGACAUACCGGGCUGGUUCAAUGAUCACAAACACCAGGAGACUCUGACCGUGGUGCCCGUACGUCCUAACCCCCUGAAGGUGGAGACAAGAGAGGUGAAGGAUAGAACUGUCACUGUUCAGUGGACUCCUGUGUUUGACGGCGGCAGACCCAUCACAUCCUACUGGAUCGAUCUCAAACACAAACAAGCACCCUGGGAUUCUGCAGUCAGAACCGCCGUCUCUAAUCCUGAUCUAACUCAGCUGACUUUGGUGGAUUUGCGUCCGGCAAAGACCUACAUCCUGCGCAUGUUUGCGAUCAACAGCAUGGGCAUUAGCGAACCCAGCAAUGUACUGACAGUAACAACCAAAGAAGCAGCGCCGGAGGGUCCUCCCCUGGACAUGCAGCUUGAGGGCCUCACCUCUCACAGCAUCAAAGUCACCUGGAAGCCUCCUAGACCCGAUCUCAGGAAUGGGAUUCUCCGGAGUUACAGCAUCAGCUACAGAGAGUAUGAUCCUAACGGCAGACAAUUCAAAAGGUGGCAGCACUUAAGUGUGACGGCUGCACGAGAGGUGGAGAGCGUCAUCCUGAGUAACCUGAAGCCUUCUUCCAUGUACGGCAUUCUCAUACAGGCCAAAACUAACGCAGGGAUAGGACCUGCUUCCACUGCCCCUCUCUGCUCCACUCUGGAUGAGGUUCACAAAACAUCAACACCGUCAACUAAAAGUUCUACUUCGACUGCUGCCACACGGAUACAAGACAUUACAAGUUCUACUGCACCUCACACUACUUCAGCAGAGGAGGCUGUUACCGCGGCUACAGUCUGGGAUGAAGGAACUACUACAAGUACCACAUCAGUGCCCCCAGAUCCCCCUGUGGUUGACAUAAAAGAGGUAAAAGGAAGCACAGUGUCUCUUUUAUGGACCCCUGGGUUUGAAGGUGACAGCCCCAUAACUGGCUAUUACCUGGAGUAUAAAGCAGUAAACGCCUCUUGGGAUUAUACAAAGACAGUGGUAGACUUCAGCCCUGACCAAACAGAGGCCACGAUAAUAGAGAUCAAUCCGUCUACCUACAACAUCCGCAUGUUUGCCAAGAACAGUGUGGGCACCAGUAGAGCUAGCAACAUCCUCACCAUCACCACAGGAGAAACAGGUCAUCAGAGCCAUGAUGACCUUACCACCAUCUCUACUGACACUCAUGCUGCUGCCAGCGUUGAGGAGGGCCAGAGUGGCAGUAAACUAGCUGCCAUCCUGUUGCCAGUGGUGCUGGUGGUGUUAAUUGUUGCCAUAGUGACUGCAUGGCAGCUUCGACGAAUUAAACAGAAAAAGGGCAGUCUGAGCAUCUGGCUGAGCAGUGGAAAGCUACGUUACAAAGGAUCUGAGUCUCUACAGGAGCUGUGAAACUACGAGUUCCUCUACACUUCAGCCUUAAAAUGCUGAGUUUCAUAUUUUAUAAAUAUGGCUAAAAACAAUUGUGUAUGUCUGAUUAUUAAUUAUUCUAAUCUAGGUAAGAACCCCAAUAUGCUUAAAAUAACCAGUGUGUUGAUUUAACAUACCUAAAUAUUCAAGAAUUAACGUCUAAUGAACGUUGGAGUGUUUUUUCCCAGUUUUAAGGUUUACUUCUGAUCAUUUUUUCAUGCAGUACUUUAUGUAAUUUUCUAACAACAUAUACAGUAUCUGGAGUGCUUAAAGCAAAAAUAUGGAACUUUUCCACCUUAAAAUAGAAGUUUCAAAGUCAAGCUAAUAGUACAACAACUUUCAACAGGCAGAAUGACAUCUCUCCCAUAUGCACAGAUCGCCCGGUCGCCUGCUUGUAGCACAAUGUAAGUUUGGCAGCAGGCCACAGUUCACAGUUGAGAAGUGUGCGCGACUUUACAGUACUAGCCAAUUAGUCGUCUCAUUACUGUUUGAUAAAAAAGGCGGAGGCUCAGAGGCGGAAGAGGACGGUGACAGGUGAAGCCAAGAAGAGAAAAAGAGAGUGACAGAGAAACAAGCAGAGUGUACAUUCCUGCAGAUAUUAUUCAUAACAGAUUGAGAUGUAAUGUUAGGCUGUAUUGUUAUCUGUGUCAUCAUUGUCUCAUGUUUAGCAGCUUUACCAGGUGCAGGAAGUCAUCUUACCAAAGUAAUGUCUCAGGUUUGCAUAUAAAUAAAUAAUGACAUAAAUCCA